GCAGGCAGGCGGAGAAAGACAGAUAGACGGAGAGGGAGAGAGCUGGUCCAGGAAGAGACGCGCAAGGGUGGUGACCCGUGACUCCGCAGCGCGCUGGAGGAGCCAGUCUGUUCGACACACGGCUCGUACCACUGCUCUGCGCGCCCAGUAGCGACGGUCCGCGCUCUAGUCAGCCGCGGCGCAGUAGAUACGUCCCGCCGCGUUCUAGCCAGACGACGAAGGCGCGCUGCGCGCACCGCUCGUCGCUCUCCCCUGACCAGUCCCUUCGCCUCAUCGCCUGGUCUCUGAUGCCGUCUCGCUCGUGAUAGCAACGGCAUCGGCAGCAGCAACAGCAACAGCAACAGCAGCAGCAACAGCAGCAGCAGCAGCAGCAACAAUUUUGUCAGUCGUGCGCGCGUGUCUCACAGAUCCCGAGAUCUCCCUCCCUACUUGCCCCUUUCUCUCUGUGUCUCUCUCUCUCUCUCUCUCGAUCUCUGGACACGUACCUGGACCCUCUUCUCGCGGAGGGAAGCGCUCGACGAGGCGACGGCACGCGCUUCCGAGUAUCGAACGAAUCUCUCAAGCGCAAAAUCAGGUGGGACGGUAUCGCGCGAGAUCGCGCUGCCUAGGCGUACGCGUGUGUCCGCGCUGUAUGCAGCGAGGGGAUCGCGAUCGACCGUGCGUGCGUUUCUCCCUCCGAGCGACCGAGCGAGCAACCGAUCGAUCGAACAUACCGCACGUACGUACGACGACGUACGUACCGUACGGCAGCGCGCGUGAAUCCAGCAGCCGAACCCAGUGAUCUCGUGACCUUGUGACACCGCCUGCGAGAGAGACAGAGAAAGAGCGAGCGAGCGAGCGAGCGAGCGAGAGAAAAAGAGAGAGAGAGAGACAACGAGAAGGGAAGGGAGAGAUGCAUCCGCCGAGAGACUGAGAGAGCGCCCGCCUCGGCCGUACGUAAGCCGAUCGCCACCGUGUCGCGGCGCAUGUCGACUCCUCCCAGCUCGCGAAGAGGGUCGGCGAGGAGGGAUCGAGGCGGAGGAGUAAGUCGCGAAGAGUGCGAGAGGAACGCUCGCUCUCUCUCUGUCUCCCUCUCUGUCUCUCUCUCUCUCUGGCCGGGAGGGAACUCCGCUUCCGCGAUCUCGCGAGUUCCGGCGCCGGGCUCGCUCGAGAGCCAUCGCGAUCGAUCUCGCGCCGUCGCUCACUCGCCCGCUCGCGACGUCCCGACGCGACCGGUAAGGACGAUCGAGCGCGUGUGCCGUUCCGUGAUCGCCGAGGACCGAUCGGAAACAGCUGAUCAAAGCCCGACCUCGCUGAUUCACCACUCCCGUCGAUCCUCCGGGAUCGUCGACGAAUGUCACGACGAUCUGCCGAUCGUUGCAGCCGGCGGUCGGUUCGAUCGUUCCUCGCGGACCGAGGACACUCCGUCGAGUCUCCGCGCGUCCCCUCCCCGUCGAGAGUGCCCGGUCUCGCGGUGGACGACGUCCAGGAGGACACGCGACAGGAGCGUCGAGCCUGAUCACGAGGAGAUCAGCGAGCCGCAGCGAGGGACGCACGCAGCCGUGAGCGGAGAUCGUACAUCGGAAAGCCGUGCGCGAGCGAUCGGUCCGGACGAUCGAUCGAUCGAACGAACGAACGAACGAACGAACGGCAGGAGGCCGCCGGGGGAGGCGGGGGGGGACUAUUCCCGUCGGAGCGGCAGCAGGAGGAGAGCGCCGAACCGCCGAGCGGCUAUCGGGGAAGCGUGGACGACGUCGCGCUGAGCUUCGGCUGGCAGCUGGAAGAGGGGGUUUCCUCGCGUUCGCCAGCCCCGGUGGUAGCCCCGGAGAGUCCGGCGGAAAAUCGAAGACGCGUCGAAAGCAUCAUCAUGAGCGAGGGCACGCCGAAGUCGCAGACGAAGAUCGUCGUGCCCGACGGUUCGCCAGCGCGGCCGCAGGCUGGCGAUGGAGGCGGCGCCGGCGGAGAUGGCGAACCUAUCGUCGGCGGCACCAAUUCCGAGAAGAAGUCUGGAUAUGAGACCAAUCUGUAUCUCUACAGUGAGGAGAUGGAGGACCGGCCGCGGAUCUCGACGUUGCUCAACAGCCUGGCUAAUUACAGCAACACCAUCCCCGCCGCGACCGACCCGGACACUAAACCGGCCCCGGCCGCGGGGGGUGGAGCGCGAAUGGGUACUCUCAUAGGUGUCUACUUGCCGUGCAUCCAGAACAUCUUCGGUGUGAUCCUCUUUAUCCGGCUGACAUGGGUAGUCGGCACCGCCGGCGCCAUUCAGGGCUUCUUCAUCGUACUCUGCUGCUGUUGCGUCACGAUGUUAACGGCGAUCAGCAUGAGCGCCAUCGCCACGAACGGCGUGGUGCCGGCCGGUGGUUCCUACUUCAUGAUAUCGAGAAGCUUAGGCCCAGAAUUCGGCGGCGCGGUAGGUAUGCUGUUUUACACCGGCACCACCUUGGCCGCCGCGAUGUACAUCAUCGGUGCCGUGGAGAUCGUUCUCACUUACAUGGCGCCGUCGCUCAGCAUAUUCGGCGACUUCACCAAAGACGCCAACAUUAUGUAUAACAACUUCCGGGUGUACGGCACCGGCUUGCUGAUGGUAAUGGGCACCAUCGUAUUCGUGGGCGUGAAGUUCGUCAACAAGUUCGCCACGGUGGCAUUGGCCUGCGUGAUUUUCUCCAUCAUCGCCGUUUACGUGGGCCUCUUCGUCAACUUCAACGGCAACGACGCUCUAAAGUUGUGCAUACUCGGCAGGAGGCUGCUGAAGGACAUCAACGUGUUGACCGACUGCAACAAGAACGUCAGCGGCGCGUUGCACAAGAUUUACUGCGGCAACAGCACUCAGUACGCGAAGUGCGACCCGUAUUACGUGGAGAACAACCUGACCAUCGUUAAUGGCAUUCGCGGCUUGGCCAGCGGCGUCUUUCUAGAAAACAUAUGGGACAGUUUCCAAGAGGAGGGCCAAUUGAUCUCUUACGGCAGCGACCCGAAGGACAUCGAUGUCCUGUCAGGAUCGAGCUACAAUCAGAUUCAGGUCGACCUUACGACAACCUUCACCAUCCUCAUUGGUAUAUUCUUCCCCUCCGUGACGGGUAUUAUGGCGGGCUCGAACCGUUCCGGCGACCUGGCCGACGCUCAGAAGUCCAUCCCGAUCGGCACGAUCUGCGCGAUCCUGACGACCUCCACCGUCUACUUGUCCAGCGUGUUGCUGUUCGCCGGCACCGUGGACAACUUGCUGCUGCGCGACAAGUUCGGUCAGAGCAUCGGUGGCAAGCUGGUGGUAGCGAACAUGGCCUGGCCGAAUCAGUGGGUGAUCCUGAUCGGCUCGUUCCUCUCCACCCUCGGCGCCGGGCUGCAGUCCUUGACGGGAGCGCCGCGACUGCUACAGGCGAUCGCUAGGGACGGCAUAAUACCCUUCCUCACGCCGUUCGCUACAAGCUCGAGCCGCGGCGAGCCCACCCGCGCCCUCGUGCUCACCGUUCUCAUCUGCCAAUGCGGCAUUCUGCUCGGCAACGUGGACUACUUGGCCCCGUUGUUGUCCAUGUUCUUCCUCAUGUGCUACGGCUUCGUCAACCUGGCGUGCGCCUUGCAGACGUUGCUGCGCACGCCCAACUGGCGGCCCCGCUUCAAAUACUACCACUGGAGCCUGUCGUUCAUCGGCCUGGCGCUCUGCAUCGCCAUCAUGUUCAUGACCAGCUGGUACUACGCGCUGUUGGCGAUGGGUAUGGCCGGCUGUAUCUACAAGUACAUCGAGUACCGCGGCGCCGAGAAGGAGUGGGGCGACGGCAUACGCGGUCUUGCGCUCUCCGCCGCGCGCUACUCGCUGCUGCGGCUCGAAGAGGGCCCGCCGCACACGAAGAACUGGCGGCCGCAGAUCCUGAUCCUCGCCAAGCUCACGGACGACUUGGUGCCCAAGUACCGCAAGCUCUUCGCCUUCGCCAGUCAACUGAAGGCCGGUAAGGGCCUCACCAUCAGCGUCAGCUGCAUCGCCGGCGACUACACGCAGAACUCGGGCGAGGCUCUGGCGGCGAAGCAGAGUCUCAGGAAGACGGUAGUGGAGGAGAAGGUGAAGGGUUUCGUCGACGUCCUCGUGGCGAAGAAUGUCAUCGACGGCCUGAGCUCGCUCGUGCAGACUACGGGAUUGGGCGGGCUGAAGCCUAACACGGUGAUAUUGGGUUGGCCGUACGGCUGGAGGCAGUCCGAGCAGGAGAGGACCUGGCGGGUCUUCCUGCAGACCGUGAGGAGCGUCGCGGCCGCCAAGAUGGCGUUGUUGGUGCCUAAGGGGAUAAACUUCUUCCCGGACUCCAGCGAGAAGGUGGUCGGCAACAUCGACGUUUGGUGGAUCGUGCACGACGGCGGCUUGCUCAUGCUACUGCCGUUCUUGUUGAAGCAACAUCGUACUUGGAAGAACUGCAAGAUGAGGAUCUUCACGGUCGCGCAAAUGGAGGACAACUCGAUUCAGAUGAAGAAGGACCUGAAGAAGUUCUUAUACGACCUGAGAAUCGAGGCGGAGGUCGAGAUCGUCGAAAUGAUGAACUCCGACAUCUCCGCGUACACGUACGAGCGCACUCUGAUCAUGGAGCAGAGAAAUCAGAUGCUGCGUGAGCUGCAGCUGAACAAAAAGCAGUCAUUAGGCGUGGUGCAGACAUUGGUGGACUUCAACGAGGUACCCGCCGAGGAAAAAUUGCCUCUGGUACAGGCGAUCGUGGACCAUCACCACAACGUGGACGCCAAGGUGCCGACGAAGGUGAGGUUCCAAGAGCCAGGCAGCCAGAACAUCAACAUCACCGACGACACGAAGGAGAAGCUGAUGCAGGAGACCGAGCUGAACAACAAGGAGCUGGAGACCGAGGAGAUCAACGAGAAGGACGAGGUGAAGGAGAACAACGACGAGGAAACAAAACUGAUCGGCGGCUCGCCCAAGGCGGAGAACAGGGAGAACACGGAGAAGGAGGCGAAAGAGGCGAAGGAGGCGAAGGAGGCGAAGGAGAACGCGCAGGAGAACAAGAAUCAGAGUCCGGAGGCUAAGAAACCCACGAUCACACCCGACGAGGGCGACGUGAGGCGUAUGCACACCUCGGUGAAGUUGAACGAGGUAAUCGUCAACAAGAGCCAUGACGCUCAGCUGGUCAUUCUAAAUCUUCCCGGUCCGCCACGGGAUACGAAGAUGGAGCGUGAAUCUAACUACAUGGAAUUCCUCGAAGUACUUACCGAAGGCUUGGAAAGAGUGCUGAUGGUGCGGGGCAGCGGGCGGGAGGUGAUCACCAUUUACUCGUGAAGUGUGAGGCGAAUGAGAAUUGACGCCGCUGCCUCGCAAAAGCAGAGCUCUAGUUUACUUCUCAGUGACCUAAACGACAUCACCCUAAGGAACACGCUGCUCUUGUGCUAUUGUCUGCGCAGUCACUUGCGCCGCGCGCUCUGAGUCAUCUGGGAAGAGGAGGAAGAGGAGAAGGGGGAGAGGGAUGGCUGACGACGAUGACAACGACGACGGUCGUUCGACAUCGGUACCGGACACGAAGGACACGAGGCAUCGCCAUCGAGACCGAUUAAUCUGCGCGGACCGCGACGAACGAUCGUCGGACGAUGAAGCCGGAAGCCGACGCGCGGAAGGAUAAGUUCCCUUUAGAUUGAGUUUCAGAACGUAGGAGCGCGGGUCACCCGCAUCAGGUGCACUACGAUCCGCCGGAACAGCAGGAGGCAGUUGCGUACGGCAGCGGGGACUGCUCAGAUAUCAACUCUCUCAGACAAAACUCUGUACAAGCUCAGCCGAGCUCGCCGGACACCGGGGGUAUCGCGUAUAUAAACACCCUUCUCGGAGAUCGCCGGAACACGAACAAAAAAAGAACAAACCAAACAAACGUAGCUCAACGACACGUCCCGAGUAAAAGAAAAGAAAAGCGAAACGCACUUGGACUCGGUUCCCGGCAAUCGAAAGCUGAAGAAAAUCUCACGUUCGACACGCUCGAGACGGAGGGGAGAACAAGAGUAGAAAAAGGAUACCGCAUAAAACAGGUAGAAGAACAAAAAAAGACAGGCAAACUGGCAGGCAUGGAGGGCGGUUGAGGUGUGUGUGUGUGUG